AGAGAGGGAGCGAGAGAGGGAGAGAGAAAGAGACGUGCUGAACAAGGGAGGGAGAGAGACAUAACGAAGGACGGACAGAGACAGUGAACGAGGGAGAGGCUGAACAAGGGGGAGAGAGGGAGACUGAACAAGUAAGAGAUGCACCCUGAACGAGGGAGGGAGAGAGACUGAAGGAAUGCAGUGACGGUAAAAAGAGGAGAGAGGCUGUAAAUCACAGUUUUUUAACACAGACAGACAAGCAGGGAUCUUUACAGUAGCAGUGGAAACAGAAGCAGCAGCAUGGUCAGAGACAGCUGAGCCAGGACCUGUCCUCUCCUGACAGAACUGAGCCGGGACCUGUCCUCUCCUGACAGAACUGAGCCGGGACCUGUCCUCUCCUGACAGAACUGAGCCGGGACCUUUCCUCUCCUGACUGAUGGAAAGCAGACGGACACAGCACAUGCUACUGAUUUUCCGGUGUGUGGGUUCGAGAGGAGAGAGAGGAGGUUGCUGGAAAUCAUGUAAUUAGACAACAGCAAUGUUUAUCGUCAUCAUGUGACUUCACGAAGAAGAUUAUACUGCGCGGUCUCCAUCAUAGCUGCUGUGAUGUGGACCUCUUUCCUCCGUCUGCUCCUCGUCUUCUACUCUCUUGGUCCUCUCUUCCAUCUUCGGGCCUUUCCCAUGGCCAAGGAGAGAGCCCCACUGUCACCACCGACCCCACAUACAGACACACAGACACAUGACCCAGUAGAUGUAUCACAUAGCCCUGUACGGCCCUCCUGGGCUCCUGUAGGCUCCGCCACUAGAGCCAGAAUGGGUAAAUCAGUGGACUGGUUUCCAGUGGACUCAAGGGACUCCAAUCUUUUACCUAAGGAAAAGGAGAAACAGGAUGAGACUGAUAAGUUUCAAGGUAUUAUUGGGGAAUACACUGAUAUGUUGGAAAGUUUUGAGGCGUCACCUAAUCCUGUCAAGAGAAUAACUGGUCUGGAGAUAUUCACCUUGACAGGGUCAGACAGCGUCACUGCAUGGAUGGAUUCCAAACCUCCACCCGCACCCUCAUAUAGGGAUGGACCACCAGACAGUCCUGAGGAUGGGCCACCAGACAGUCCUGAGGAUGGACCACCAGACAGUCCAGAGGAUGGGCCAUCAGACAGUCCUGAGGAUGGACCACCUGACAGUCCUGAGGAUGGACCACCUGAAAGUCCAGAGGAUGGGCCAUCAGACAGUCCUGAGGAUGGACCACCAGACAGUCCUGAGGAUGGACCACCUGACAGUCCUGAUGAUGGACCAUCAGACAGUCCUGAGGAUGGGCCACCAGACAGUCCUGAGGAUAGGCCACCUGACAGUCCUGAGGAUGGACCACCAGACAGUCCUGAGGAUGGACCACCAUACAGUCCGGAGGAUGGACCACCAGAUAGUCCUGAUGAUGGACCACCCAAAUACAACCCGACAGAGAGGAAGGAUGGCUCCUCAUUAACUCCCUCACAUGAUGGACAGACUGCUCUUAUACCUCUGUCAUUACCACAGAAUGGAGGUAGCAUUAGUAGACCAACACUUGUCACUCUCUUUAGCUCUGACUACACAGAGACCCAUGGCUUCAACCCCCCCGUUAGGCUCACAUCAGCAAUGACAUUAACACAGCUGGAGUCAGAUGGAGGCAAGAAGAAUACUGGAGACCAGAUGCAGGACUUCACAGAGAAGCUCACAGGGGAUACAGGAGCAGACACAAUUGUGUUUUCAGAGGAGGGCUGGUCAAAGUCACCUCCCAAUGAGCCACCUUUCAUCGACAGUUUGGAUGCCACAGCCACAACCUGCAACACAAGCAAUCAAUCCCAGCGGCCCAUUUACCCCGACAACAGUAUCUCAAAUCGAUCCCAGCAUCCGGUUUCCCCCGACGACAAUAUUUCCAAUCAGUCCCAGCAUCCCUUUUACCCCGACGAUAAUAUCUCCAGUCAAUCCCAGCGUCCCGUUUACCCCGACGACAAUAUCUCCAAUCAAUCCCAGCGGCCCAUUCUGUCUCUGAACCCGCCUCUCUUUGUGCCUCUAAAUUCUGAUUGGAACUCAGCCCUGGCCACCUGGGGCUUUGCCUGGGAGGCGCACAUCUACGGUCUGGGAUCUGUGUUUGCUGCAUUAGGUCUGAUAUCUGUUCUCUGCCUGUUAGGCCUGCCCCUGAGCGGUCCCCCAGGAAGCCCCUAUUUCACCCUGCUGCACCUGUUCCUCCUUGCUGCCGGAGGCACUAGAGCAUUCUCUCUGCUGUAUGAUGCUUAUAGUCACCAAGACCUCCUGCCUGCUCUAGGCUCCCUCCUCCUCUCUGAAUUGCCAUUCCCCUGCCUCACGUCUGCUUUCUCCCUCUGUUUCCUGCUGCUCUCCCUCCGCUCUCGCAUGCACCUCCCCAUUCCUUUCUCCCUGUCUCUCUCGCUCCAUCUCUCGGCCCUGCCUCGCCCCUGUUUUCUGUUCUUCCUCUCACUGAUUCACUUCGGGACCUCCCUGGGAUCCAUAGCUCUUUUCCAUGUGUUCCCUAACUUCCCUGUCCUCCUCCUGCUUCCCCAGGGAGUGUUCAUACUCCUCUGCCUGCUCCUCCCCUGUUCCUUCCUUCUCUUUUACUGCCUUGUGCGACAAGACACCAAGCACAUCCAGCGGCUGAGUGACGGUGAGGGAGAGGUGACUGGUUCACCGGUUCUGGUGGGGCGACUGUCCCGGUGCCCGUUCGCUGACGCAGAGGAGUGGAGCAGAGCGGGUGGGGCUGGGGUGGGAGGGGCUCUGUGCCUGUUAGGGUGUGGGGGUCUUCAGCUGUAUGGGAUGCUACAUGCGUUGGGGCUCGGAGGGGUGAGUGAUGGGGUGGGAUUCCAGGCCUGGCCUUGGUGGGGGUACCAGCUGGGCUGCAGGUUCUGUGAGGUGGGCGUGUGUCUGUGUCUGUCAAUCUUCGGCACUCGUCCUCUCUUCUUCUGCUGUUCCAACUGUAACUCCUCCCCUCAGAGUAAAUCCAAUGCCAACCCCCGCCCUGGUUCCUGGGCACGGCUACCCUGUGCCUCACCCUCUGGAGGACUGAGCCACCACCUCCCCCUGUCACCUGUCCCCCCCUCUCAAUACCCCUGGUCCCUGGGGCAGGACGAGAAGCUGGUGGUGUGUGAUGUCAUCAAUAAGCCCCAGUCGGAAACCCUCCCCCUCUACACAAUAAUGGAACCACCCUCCAACGGCCGGAACCUGCAUCCUAUCUCCAACUCUUGCCAGACCAGAAACCCCAAGCUCUCCCACCUACCUGACCCUCCCAGCCCACCAAGGAGGCCUCAUAAUGGGGUUUUGUCUCAGGCUUUCUCCCAGGCUAGUCUGGCCCUGGACACUGACUCCACAGUUGACCUUCGCCCCCCCUCUCCCAUUGACCUGUCCCGAAGCAUAGACCAGGCCCUGUACAGCGAGACCCUGUUCCCCCACAGCAUCUUCAGCCCAUCUAGGCUUCUCCACGCCACCUCCACCCUCUCCAUGAACUCCCCUGCCUACCACCCUAGCCAGGAUGCCUCACGGCUUGGACAUAGCUCAACCGACUGCCCCCUCUACCGGACCACUUCCUGUGGAGACAUGGAGAAAUCUCCAGGUUGCAAUAAUGGGAGCUCUCCCGCUGAGCGCUGGUGGAGAGGCAGUCACUCCAGCUCCCUGUGUCAGGAGUCCCUGAGUGGCUCUUCUCAGGGUCUGUUCCCCACCCAGGGGGCAGGAGGGCCACGGUCAAACUCCCACCUCACCAGAGGGCAGCCGUCCCAGAGCAGCCUACCGAAGACGCUUCCCCACCUCUCCCACAGCAGACGCUACCGCUCCCUCAGCUCUGCCUCGCAGGACAGCAGCCAGGAGGGGCGACGCGAGGGCAGAGAGGACCUGAGCGGAAGCCGGUUGCUGGAACGGGAUCUGGCCGUACAAGCGGAGUUUGUCAGCGUGUGCCGGCAGAUUGAUGCUCUUAGUAUGAGCAGUGACACUAUUGACCUGUAGGGCGAUGCUAUUGGGUUAAACAAUGACUUUGUGCCGCAAGAGUUUGUUAGCCCGCCAAGGUAAACCAUGGUAUUUAUCUGUUACAUAAUGACAUAAGGAUAUUUCAUGUACAGUAUGUGUGAAUGAUGCACAGAGAUGAUAUAUUGACGUCUAGGGAAACCAAAGGACUUCAACGAUAAGCUACACAUAGUGUUUGAUUGGUGUUGGCAUUUAUAUCAAACUGCCUUUUUAAUGCUAAAUCAGACAUAUGACAAGGCAGAACUAGCAGCUACAGUUUCUAAGGGGAUUUUGCACAUAGAAAUAGAGCUUCAAGUUUUAUCAAAGUGGAACUAAAUUAAGAGACCAUGACAUGUUUGAUUAGUUAAUGAAGUAUAAGCUAUGCUAUGUGUACAUACAGAUUAAAAUGUGCCAGAUGAAAAACUAAA